ACUCUCUCAAGGCCAACCUUUUGAAAUCUCUCUAUCUUUUUUUUCUCCUUUAAUUUUCUCUCUCUGUAUAAAAUAUAUGGCUGCAAGUAUGUCGGACCCUCUUGUCGUCGGGAGAGUGAUCGGAGACGUUGUCGACGCCUUCUCCCCGACGGUGAAGAUGACUGUCACUUACCAUUCAAACAAGAAGGUCUGCAAUGGCCAUGAGCUUCUCCCAACUUUUGUAACCCUUAAACCUAAGGUUGAGGUUCUUGGAGGUGACCUUAGAUCCUUCUUCACACUGGUCAUGACUGAUCCAGAUGUUCCCGGUCCAAGUGAUCCUUACUUGCGAGAACAUCUUCACUGGAUAGUUACAGACAUCCCAGGCACAACAGAUUCCAGUUUUGGAAAAGAAGUAGUGAAAUAUGAAGUUCCAAGUCCAAACAUAGGGAUCCACAGAUUCGUGUUCCUUCUCUUCAAGCAAAAACGAAGGCAAACAGUGAAGGACCUUCCUGCAAAUUCAAGGGAUGGUUUCAAUGCAAGAAAAUUUGCACAAGACAACGAUCUUGGCCUUCCAGUGGCUGCUGUCUAUUUCAAUGCCCAAAGGGCCACCGCCGCCCGAAGAAGAUGAAACUAAUUAAACAGAAUUCCUCGAAUUCAAAACUUGGAGUAAAUAUUAUGAUUUCUGAUAAUGGAAUAAAGUUUUAUGUAAAUUUGCAUGGAAAUUAAAGGGCAGCAGAGGUCUUCAGUGGUUUAGUUUGUACUUAGCCGUUGCAGUUGCUUUCUUUUCCACUGUCAUUUUAUGGUUUGUGUCUGUAACUUUUUUUCUUUACAUCUUUCGGUCACCUUGAAGUGUGAACUCCUAUCAGGAAAAACUCAAGAGAGAUAUUGGGUUGGUGGUGAAAUUUAAUGACCAAAUCACAGACUCAAAUAAAGUAAAAAAGUGUCCAGCUUUAAUCGUAA